ACUAUACCCUGACUUGGGACUUUAUCCUUUUGUUUCACCAAGUCAAACCUUGAUCAUUCUCAGUCCUUUUGGAUAGAUCAAGCAGAAUAAAGCCUGAGUAAGUUUAGAAAUUAACAACUUCGAAAGUUUCUAGCAAGUUCCUUUUAAUUUAACUUUUCUGUAUUUGGUAGAACUUUCGGGGUAAUUGUUCUGAAAUUUCUAGUCUGGUAUGGUCAAGGUCCUCUUAAUUUCCAUGGAGAAGCGUGUGUGCCUUACCUAAUGCAUAAAGAAGUCCAGCUUCAGUGACUAACAAAGUGCCUAAUCAGGGGACCACAAUAUAAAAUAUUCCCAGCUUGACUUGGUUGGUUUAGAUUCUUGCCUCUUCAAAAGAAUUACCAGGAAGAUGGGGCUGUUCUUAUUUUGAUUACAAAAACAAAUGAGCAUAGACACUUGAGAAGAUCAGGUGGAGAUGGCAGACUCUGUUGUCCUUUUCGUACUUGACAAAAUCACAAAUUUAUUAGCAGAAGAAGCACUACAGCUUCAGGGAGUCAAGCACGAUAUCCAGUAUAUCAAAGAUGAAUUGGAGAGAAUGAUAGCCUUUCUUGGUGUGGCUGAUGCUUUAGAGGACGGAGAUGCAGAAGUCAAAGUCUGGGUUAGGCAAGUGAGAGAUGUCGCCCAUGACAUUGAGGAUGUUCUUGACGAGUCCAUUGUCUUGUCAUAUGAUCAUCACUUCCAUGGAUCUUGUUGUUUCAUUGCUAAAUUGGUUUUCUCAAUCAGAAACAUCAAAUCCCGCCAUAAACUUGUCUUUGAAAUCCAAGCCAACAGAUCAAGAGUCUGCAAUAUUGCAGAGGGCCAUCAGAGGUACCGUUACAAAUUUUAUGUCCCGGAGCAAGGUUCAAGUUAUAACCAUGCGUACGAUACUGCAAAUGAUCGCAGAGGUGAUGCGCUGUUGCUAGAAGAAGCUGAGCUCGUGGGCAUUGAAAAUCCCAGACAGCAGCUAAUUGGUUGGCUCGUGGAGGAUGAUCCUAGACUUAAAGUGGUUUCGGUGGUAGGAAUGGGAGGUUCAGGAAAGACCACCCUGGUUAAGAAAGUGUAUGAGGAUGCAGCAGUCAAGAAAAACUUCAAUAGCCGUGCUUGGAUAACAGUUUCCCAGUCCUUCAAGGUUGAGGAAGUUUUGAAAGACAUGAUUCAACAGCUCUACGAUGAUGUGAAGCAGCCUGCACCUGAAGGUCUUAGCAACAUGAGCAGUAAUAGGCUAAAAGCAAUAGCAAAAGUAUUCCUGCAAUCAAGAACGUAUUUGCUAGUUUUUGAUGAUGUCUGGUCCAUUCAAGCUUGGGAAGCUAUCAGAUAUGCUUUGCCUGAUGUAAAUAAUGGAAGUCGUGUUAUCCUCACAACACGUCUUUUCAAUGUAGCUUCCUUUUCUAGCAUAGAGACCAAUGGCUAUGUUUAUGAGUUGGAGCCAUUGUCUGCAGAAGAGUCAUGGGUUCUUUUCUGUCAAAAGUCAUUUCAUGAUAAUUCAUGCCCUUUAAACUUGGAGAAAAUUUCUAGGAACAUCUUAAAGAAAUGUGGUGGAUUGCCGCUGGCUAUUGUGGCUGUUGGUGGGGUUUUGGCUACAAAAAACAGGAGUAACAUUAAGGAAUGGGGAAUGCUUAAUCACAGCCUUGGCCCUGAACUGGAUAGCAGUGACAAACUUGAUAGCAUGAAAACUGUUUUAUUACUCAGUUUCAAUGAUCUCCCCUACUAUCUUAAAUCAUGUUUCUUGUAUUUGAGCAUUUAUCCUGAGGAUUAUCUAAUUGAGCGCAAUACACUAAUCUACCGGUGGAUAACAGAAGGGUUUGUGAAACGAAAAGAGGGGAGGACAGUUGAAGACGUUGCAGAAGGCUAUCUCAAUGAGCUCAUCAACAGAAGCUUGAUCCAUCCAGUUCAGUACAAUGAUGAGGGUAGCAUGAAAUUGGGCCGGAUUCAUGACCUAUAUCGUGAGCUUAUUCUUUCAAAAUCAAGAGAUGACAACUUUACUACAACAACUGAUGAGCAGAAUAUAUUGUGGCCUGAAAAAACUAGGCGCCUGUCAAUCCAUGGCACAUUGGGGAACCUGCAAGUGAAAAGGUCAGCCACUAAACUCCGCUCUUUGCUUACAUUUGGUAUAGCAGAUGCACAGUCCUUGUCUUGCAUAAUUCAAGUGCUUGGUAGCUCCAAGAUGCUCAGAGUUUUAGAUUUGAGAGGAGCUCCUCUAGAUAUGAUUCCAGAGACGGUUUUCCAAUUGUUUCACUUAAGGUAUCUAAGCUUGAGGAGUACCAGUGUGAAAAUACUUCCAAGAUCCAUUGAAAGGCUCAAACAGCUAGAAAUAUUAGAUCUGAAGCAGACAUAUAUCACUAAGUUGCCUGUGGAGAUUUUAAAACUUGAAAAUCUCCACAACCUUUUAGUCUAUAGGACUGUAUCCUAUUCAUAUCUUCCUUACAAUUGUUCACUAGGUUUUAAGGCUUUCAGAGGAAUUGGAACUUUGAGAGCCUUGCAGAAACUUGUGUAUAUUGAGGCAACCCCUGGAAGUGGCAUACUUAGAGAAGUAGGGAUGUUGAGUGAACUGAGACGACUUUGCAUUCUGAAGUUGAGAGAAGAAGAUGGGAGGAUUGUGUGCUCAUCAAUUGAAAGGCUCUACAAGCUUCAGUCUUUAAAUCUUAAAUCGACGGAAGAGCAUGAGAUUCUUGAUCUUUCUUACAUGUCUUCUCCUCCACCUCUUCUUCAGCGCCUGUAUUUGACAGGACGCAUUGUUAAGUUGCCCGAGUGGAUUCUAGAUCUUAAUUCCUUGGUCAAAAUUUACUUCAGGUGGACUCGUUUAACAGAAGACCCACUCAAAUAUCUCCAAGAUUUGCCCAAUCUUGUCCAUCUUGAAUUUCUUGUGGGAUACACUGGAGAGGAGCUAUACUUUGAGCAAGGGAAAUUUCAAAGGCUUAAGCUGUUAAAUUUGGACAAGUUGGAAGGACUAAGACGGGUGACAAUUGGGGAGGGUGCAAUACCAAAUCUUGAGAAGCUGGUUAUCCAGAGAUGUGCUUUGCUGGAAAGCGUGCCAACGGGAAUCGAGUGCCUCCUUAAUCUGAAGGUUCUUGAAUUCUUUGACAUGCCUGAUGAAUUUAUCAUGACAUUGCGUCCAGAAAAACUAGGUGCUGAUUCUUGGAAAGUUUCACAUAUCCCUGAAGUAUAUUGUACGUAUUGGAGGGACGGUUGUUGGAUGGUACACUCACUAAAGGCGAAGUGCAACAAUCAGAUUUCUGGUCAUUCUGGAGCUGUCACUAGGAUCCAUGGAAGGCGAAAUUCUCUCUAGAUUUAUUUGUUCGCUUGAAGGACGUGAAAUUCCUGCUGCUCAGUCUCCUUCCAGUUUCUGUGCACAUAAGCUUUCUCUGAUUCUUCAUCAGAGUUGAUAAUUAAAAGCACUUUAAUACGUUGUGUAUAUUAAUUUGUUAUGUUGUCUUUACAUAGAAAAAGUGAACAUACUGUACUCUAGUGCAACUUUCAGUUAUUUGUUUCGAGGAGUUUGUGGGUUCUCAGAGUUGCAUUAUGCUGCUAUACUAAUCUGGUGCAGUUUUGCUACCUCUGUCUGUAUGAGUUCUGGUUUUGCAGUUUUUCAUCUAUGCAUAGUUAAAUCAAACGAAAAACAGUCC